AUUGUGAUACAGUUAGUUCAAGACAUUGUCCAAAUGUAAAACACUUGAGUUAAUAAAACUAUGAUAACGGUUUUCGUAUCGCCACAAACGUCAAAACAAUGUCAGUAGGUUACAAAUCUUGAAUGUGAAGUGACGGAAACUCUACCGAUAUUAUAACGGAGAUAUUUUGUUAAUAUUUGAGAUCGACUAUAUCUAGCUAAACUAUCACUAUAAUGAAGAAUUUACUCCUAGUCCUCCUGCUCACCACAAGUUGCUGGGCGGGGCAGCCGCGAGUGGACCCACUGGUGUCCACCGCGCGAGGGUUGAUCAGAGGGCUGCGCGCGGAGGACGGGGACUACGACAUGUUCCUGGGGAUACCGUACGCUGUGGUGGAUGAACACGAUCCGUUUGGGCCAGCGACCCCUCACCCAGGCUUUAACACGACAUUUGAAGCGAAUAACGACGACACUCAAUGCGCUCAGUUCGACAAAACCAUCUUCGGCACCAUCCAAUGCUUGCAACUGAACGUCUACGUACCAAACAAGGCAGGCUCCUCACAUACAUUGCCAGUAAUGGUCUACAUACACGGCGGAGCAUUCUUGAGAGGAUCGAAGAAACACAAGCAAUUAUCACCGAAGUUUUUAAUAAGACAUGAUGUAAUCAUAGUCAAUUUUAAUUACAGAAUUGGUUUAUACGGUUUCCUAUGCACAAGCGAGGAUAGAUAUAAAAACCAAGGUCUCAAAGAUCAAAUCCUAGCUUUCAAAUGGGUUAAAGACAAUAUAGCAGCUUUUGGUGGUGAUGUCAAUAAGAUAACUGCUUUUGGAGAAUCGGCUGGUGCAAUGGGAUUGGACUUGCAACUGUUAGGUCAAGAGAAACUCGCUCAAAGAGUUAUUUUACAAAGUGGAACAUCUCUAACUCCAUGGUUAAUUGGUCCAGAGGCAGAUAAUAUACCUCUAGAAGUAGCUAAUUAUUUGGGAUAUGAAGGCGAAGAUGUCAAAGAAGCAGUCGCUUAUAUAGGUAAUAAAGAUCCAGUUGAAGUGAUAACUGCAGUCAAUGAUUUACAAGUAAUGAAUACUACUGGGCAUCCAAGGGCUAAGCCUUGUGUAGAGAAGGCUAAUAGUGAUGCUAUUUUGAAAGAUUAUCCGAUUAAUUUGAAACCGAAUGUAAAAGGUAUGGAUAUUAUGAUCGGACAUAACAGUCAAGAAGUCAUGUUUAUUUAUCCGAAUUCUGAUGAGGAAUUUUACAAGAAUUAUAAGUUUGGGACUGAAUUGAUUCAAGGUUUCGACGAUACAUACGAUGAGCAGACAGUUCGUCAGUUCUAUUUAGGCGACGACCAGCCCAGCUCGCUUCAACAAGACGCCAUUUUAACCUUCGCAUCAGACUUCGCUUUCGUCCAUCCGUCAGAGCGAAAUGUUUUAAGAUAUUUAGAAGCUAAUGCCAAAAGCGUAUACAGAUAUAUGUUCAGUUAUGAAGGAGGAAGGAAUUUACUUAAGGUGAAGAAAAAUCUAACGUCGGCGGGCGCCUCUCAUGGGGAUGAACUUGGCUAUUUAUUCUCUUCGGACACUUUUCCUGAGGUCCCCGAUGAGAGAGACCAAUAUGUGAUCGAUGUUAUUACUAAAUUGUGGACAGACUUCGCUAAAUACGGAAACCCAACACCAGAGACAACAGAACUUAUCCCGGUAAAAUGGACGCCAGUCAUAGACAACAAGAAGCGACCAUAUUUGAACAUAGACAAUCCAGUGAGGCUUGAAAGCCGAGUCUUUCAUGACAGAAUGGCUUUUUGGGACUUAUACUAUAAACUGAAUGGGGAUAAAAUUAAAGGGUACAGAGGAAUUUAAUUAAAAAACUCAAAUAGUAAAUAAUAAUAGUAUUACACAAC